AUGAUGAAAAUGAAGAUUCUAUCAGCUCUUGUUUUGCUGAGCAUGCUGCUUGGUACUAACAUGAUGCCUUUCAGUCGACUUUCUUGUUACAAGAAAGUGCUAAAAGAUCGCAACUGUCACAGCAUCCCAGAAGGUGUGGCCAGUCUUCGACGCAUUGAUGGAAAUCUUCAAGACCACUUCUGGGAAGGGCAAAGUUGUGAGAUGAUCUGUUACUGCAAUUUUAGCAAAUUACUCUGCUGCCCAAAAGGUAUUUUCUUUGGACCAAAGAUCUCUUUUGUCAUCCCUUGCAACAAUCAAUGA